GCACACAUGCAUUUCGCACAACCAAAACGAACAACAACACAUAAACAUAGAGAGUAAUUUUCAAUUUGCGGUAAAAUACGAAUCCAGAACACAGCAGAUGCAGCAACAGGUGCAAAAUGUACCAAUAACAAAGAAACUGCCGCUACUGCUGGUGUUGCGGAACCUUCGCCUACGUAAUUGAUCCUUGUGAUAGCCGCAAAUAGGCACCAUAUUUCUUAAUAUUCAAGAGUUUUGUAUCCUAACUUAUAAACGAUUAAAAUGUUAAUAAAAGCCUGGCACAGAGCAGAGCGGUGUUAACAAAAGCGCUUACAGCAGCUUAACAUUUCAACUGUUAGCGAUUUCAUGUAAUAGCAAACAACCGGAUGUGGUGCGUGGGGACAUACGCUUUGCGCUUUGCCAGCUGCAGCUGUCGACCAAGUAGAAGGUUCCAUUUCCGCACGUCUUGUCGGUGGUGAUGCGUGAGAAUCCCGGCGGCUAUCUGUCGCUAUUCACACAGGGCACUGCAGACAUUAUGCUGGACUGCUGCUGCGACGAUUUGUGGAACGGCAAGGAUUUGCGUCCAUUGUCGCCGCAGGAUCGUGCCACUGUGCAUGGGACUUUUAUUAAGCACAGCGAACUGACCUCCUACUGCUGCGUCAUGCUGCAUUCAUGGAGUGCUGAGCGGACCGCUGUACAGCCAUGGGCAGAUCGCAUAUCUGGAGCUGCCGCCAGAGUCGAAGCUGGGCAUGUGCAGCAUGGAUUUCGUGGGCGCACACCAUGUUAAGCUGUUUCGGUGCGCAAGGAUGCGGAUUGCAGCGAUGUGGAGGAUUGCGUUCAGAUGCAGUGCCAUAAAGUUUUCACGCAAAAUUACAUUGUCCGCUUUUUCAGCAAGGAGAACGAGCUGCGCGAGUCCGACUGGAGGAAAUAUCACAUUUGGCGGCUCACCGAACUAGUGUUGUAAAACGUUGCA